AUGAUUGAAGACAAUAAGGAGAACAAAGACCAUUCCUUAGAAAGGGGAAGAGCAACUCUCAUUUUUUCCUUAAAGAAUGAAGUUGGAGGACUUAUAAAAGCACUGAAAAUCUUCCAGGAGAAGCACGUGAACCUGUUACAUAUCGAGUCCCGAAAAUCAAAGAGAAGAAACUCAGAAUUUGAGGUUUUUGUUGACUGUGAUAUCAACAGAGAACAAUUGAAUGAUAUUUUUCAUCUGUUGAAGUCUUAUACUAAUGUUCUCUCUGUGAAUCCACCUGAAAAUUUUGCUAUAAAGGAAGACAGUAUGGAAACUCUUCCUUGGUUUCCAAAGAAGAUUUCUGACCUGGACCAUUGUGCCAACAGAGUUCUGAUGUAUGGAUCUGAACUAGAUGCAGACCAUCCUGGCUUCAAAGACAAUGUCUACCGUAAAAGACGGAAGUAUUUUGCAGACUUGGCCAUGAACUAUAAACAUGGACACCCCAUUCCUAAGGUUGAAUUCACUGAAGAGGAGAUUAAGACCUGGGGAACUGUGUUCCGAGAGCUCAACAAACUCUAUCCAACCCAUGCUUGCAGAGAGUAUCUCAGAAACUUACCUUUGCUUUCUAAACAUUGUGGGUAUCGGGAAGAUAAUAUCCCACAAUUGGAAGAUGUCUCAAACUUUUUAAAAGAGCGCACAGGUUUUUCCAUCCGUCCUGUGGCUGGUUACCUAUCACCAAGAGAUUUCUUAUCAGGUUUAGCCUUUCGAGUUUUUCACUGCACUCAGUAUGUGAGACACAGUUCAGAUCCCCUCUAUACCCCAGAGCCAGAUACCUGCCAUGAACUCUUAGGUCAUGUUCCUCUUUUGGCUGAACCUAGUUUUGCUCAGUUCUCCCAAGAAAUUGGUCUGGCUUCUCUUGGCGCUUCAGAGGAGGCUGUUCAAAAACUGGCAACGUGCUACUUUUUCACUGUGGAGUUUGGUCUGUGUAAACAAGAUGGGCACCUGAGAGUCUUUGGCGCUGGCUUACUUUCUUCUAUCAGUGAACUCAAAAAUACCUCCAUGAGUAUUAUCGUUAAGAAAGGAGGAUAUCAGAGGCAGAAAAAUUUCCCUAGUAAUACCAGGAUAGAUAUAUACAUGACUACUUUGGGUUUUUUACCUGUGUGGGAUUCCAGGACUCUCUCAGCAUGUAGUGUAGGGACAGAAUUUACCAAAACAAUUAAGCGCCCAUUUGGAGUGAAGUAUAAUCCAUAUACACGGAGUAUUCAGAUCCUGAAAGACACCAAGAGCAUUACCAGCGCCAUGAAUGAGCUGCGACAUGAUCUUGAUGUUGUCAGUGAUGCCCUUGCUCAAGUCAGCAGGCAACUGAGUAUCUGACAUUUGCCAGCCCUAAUCCAGAAAGCACUUGAGAAUUAAUUCAGAGGCCUGUAGGCCAACUCUUGCUUUUCUUGAAGACCUGACUGUGGAGGGACAGCAGCUUCUGGCCAAAUUAUAUUCUCUAAUCCUACUCCUUAAUGAACUACCAGUCUGGAAAUUUGCACCUG